AGGAAGGAAGGAAGGAAGGAAGACUUGAGGGAGAAGACUGGUUCAUCAUUGAGAUGAAUAAAGAGCAAUAGACAGAUGGAGGGACUAUGCAGGGAAAAGAAAAUGAGUGAAUGAGAGAGAAAGAAAGGAAAGAAAAAGACUUGCAAGUAGAUAGUUCAGUAAUUAGAUAAAGAAAAAUGAAUGAAGAAAUUGAGAGGCUGUGCAGAGGAAAGAAGACAAAGGUGCGAGAAAGGGAAUGAAAGAAACAAAAAGGAAAGAGAAACAAAACUUUCAGAGAUGUGGUUGAUUCAACAAUGAGGUGAGUAAAGAUGUAUGGAGAGAUGGAGAGGCUGUGCAAGGAAAAGAAGGUAAGAGAAGAAAGAAAGAAAGAAAGGAUAGGCAGAAAGAGCAGGCAGAAAGACAGGCCAGAGAUUUGCUGCUUUUGCCAGAGUCUCCCCUGGUGAAGAAGUUAUAUACAGCCCUGCUGACUCCCUCCUUCAUUUCCUGGGUGGAGCUGGCGCUGGGGAAAGGAGAAAAAAACCCGCUUUAAAAACCUCCAAGCCCUCAGUCAGCAAGUCCCAACAGGAGUGGUAAAAUUACAGCCUUUCCUGCCGAGGAAGAAAGAAGAGCCAGCUGGCUCUGGGGAGCGAAGAAGCGGCAGGAGGCAACAGCAGCAAAGCCAGAGCACAGCCGCCUGGAGGAACCUCCCGAAUCUUGACCCUGGAUUUGGCCCCAGUCCCCAAAGCAAGUGUGGUGCCACUUUCCUGGGAACUCAGGGCACUUCUUGUCUUGGGUAAAGCUGGAGUCCCUUGACUGGCUCAGAAAAGAUCCUUUCUUGACUCAAACCAGAGAGACAAGGUGUGUUGGCCUUCUCUGGGAGAUGGACAUUUGGGCUGCAGCUGUGGCCUGGUGCCAAGGGUGAACCUGGGUACAUCUAGCAGCCGGACACAUGGACAGCCGAGGUGCCAAGGUGAGUUUCCUGUCACCUUUGAGAAAGUGCCACCCUGGAUGGUUGAUCCACUCCAAGUAGGAAGAAACUCUAGUCAGAAAAGAAAACUAGGAUAUAUUUUGAAGGACUUCAUGGCAAGUGGCACAUUGGUAGGAAACAAGGUUCUUCUUCAGAUGACAGAGGCUUAAAAAGAAGUGAGUAAACGUCAAGCAAAGUUUUGUUUUCUUUUUUCUCUUUGCCUUUUUGGGGGCCGAGCUAAAGAGCAGAAGUGAGACGGUGGGAGGAAGCAUGAAGCAGUCGGUGCCAAGAGGCUGCGGCUGGCAGAGCGAUGCCCGACGUGCCCCAGGGGCCCUUGGCAUGCGUCGGCGGGCCGUGGGCUGGCUUUUCCUCCUGCUCCUGGCCUUGGAGCACUUCUGCUCCGCUUUGGCCCUCUCCACCUGCAAAACCCUGGACAUGGACAUGAUGAAGCGCAAGCGCAUCGAAGCCAUCCGAGGCCAGAUCCUCAGCAAGCUCAAGCUCUCCAGCCCACCAGAGGUGGAAGACCCAGACUCCAGGGUCUUGUCCGAUGAGAUCAUGGCGCUCUACAACAGCACCUUGGAGGUGAUCCGGGAGCAGGUGGUCGAAGACCCCAAGGAGACAUCUCAGGAGGAGUAUUACGCCAAGGAGAUCCACAGGUUCAACAUGCUGCCUCUAAACCACGAAAGUUACAGGGAGCAGUACAAGAAGAACUCCUCCAGGACCUUCUUUGGGUUCAACCUGUCGCAGAUCCUGACCACUCUCCAGGAUCCCAAACUGCUGUACCGCGCCGAGCUGAGGAUGCGGGUCUCGGGAAAAAGUCAAGAGCAGCAGCGCCUGGAGCUUUACCAGGAACAGAAUCAUUCUUCAAAUAUGUCCAGCUGGUACUACCUGGACAGUCGUCUGGUCAAGCUCAAGGAGGAGAAGGAAUGGCUUUCCUUUGAUGUCACCUCCGUCCUCCGACUGUGGCUUGCAAGUGGAGAUGAACUGGGACGAUUCCGCCUCUGCGCCCACUGCCCAUGUGAAGGCAGGCCUGAAGUACUGAAAAUGCAUGUCGAAGGCACUAAAACAAAGCGAGGGGACCAGGAGCUGCUCAGCCAGGAAAAGCAGCAGCUGCCCUACUUGCUGGUGAUGGCGAUGCCCCCGGAUCGGGCACAGCACCUCCACAGCCACCGGCAAAAGCGUGCCGCCGCAGGCUUGGAAUACUGCAGCUCAUCACCAGAGGAGAAGAACUGUUGCGUGCGGCGCCUUUACAUUGACUUCCGUAAGGACCUGAAAUGGAAGUGGAUCCAUGAACCCAAGGGCUACUAUGCCAACUUCUGCAUGGGACCAUGCCCCUAUCUCUGGAGCUUAGACACUCAGUACAGCAAGGUCCUGUCGCUUUACAACCAACACAAUCCGUCCGCCUCCGCCACCCCGUGCUGCGUCCCCAAUGAGCUGGAGCCCUUGGGGAUCGUCUAUUACGUCGGACGCACAGCCAAGGUGGAACAGCUCUCCAACAUGAUUGUCAAAUCGUGCCGAUGCAGCUGAGGAAAAGGAGCCACGGACCCGGUUGGCAAUUUUGAAUCAAAACCCACGGGGGAAAGGGAUCACGACUGAAGACUGAUCUUUGAUUUCCCCCAACACCUCAAGAAGAGUUAUUAUUAUUAAUAUUAAUAUUUUAUUAUUGUAUUUUGUAUGUUUUUUGGGGGAGCGGGGAAGGGCAGAGCAACCAUCUCAAGAUCUUUUCAAUGACUUUGCCAAGAGAAAGUAGAAUGACUAUCGGAAUAAUAAUCGUUGUGUUCAAGGAAGAAGAAGCUUUUCACUGUGCUGCCGCCAAUAUCCCUCUGGGCGGAAAGGAUUGGAAGAAUAAGCUGGUAAAAGCCAAAAAGGAUCUCCAAAACAAAGUUUAGAAAUACAACAAGAAGUCACGGUUUGGGGACAAGAAUGUCAAGAGUGGUAUGGCUCAGAUCUGCUCCUCUGGACGGUACGAAUGUGUCCAUAUUUCUCGCAGGUGCCAGGGUCGCUGGACGAUGCCAAGGUUACCUGGUGGGCACCGCUUUCAGAGCCUUCGCCCCUCCCUAAAAGAAGAGGGGAAAUCGGAAGAUGCGUAUCUCAAACGAAGGACAUUUCCCAAUCACAUAAGAGUUCUCCGUCCUUUCUGGAAGACAGCGCAAGGCACGGCUGUUAUUGGCAUCCCAAACUUUCAUCUUUCAGAUGUUUGGGACUUAGUUUCUCAGAAUUCCUGAUGGACCAAAGAUUCUGGGAAUGGAAGUCCAAAACACUAGGAGGUUCAAAGAUUGGCUUACUGCACGCAAGAACAAAAAUAAUCGUAUUGCUAUGACUCUGUCCAUAAACUACAUAUAUCCGUCUUCCGGCCCCUUGGUUCUGCCUCUCCAGCCAGCCAAUUUGCUACCCUUUGACUUUCCCUGGGACUCAAAAGGGCUGGUUAUAGACUUUGUCUUUGAUGGGAUAUUGGGGUGGGGAGAGAUAUUUUUGCACUCGUUCAAUGCUUGGCAAACUGCCGCACCAGCAAUACAAAUGGGGAGGGAAAGGGCAAGGGUGGGCGGGGGGAGAAAUGUGGAUUUCACUGUCAUUUUUGUUUGAGUGUCAUAUUAAAGAAGAAAACUUCCUGCUUGGAUCUACA